GCCACACCCCGCAGUCCGCCGACCCGUCCGUUUACAGUCCUGUAUUAUAGUCCGUGUUUUUACCUCAAAACAUUUAAUACAUAGAAAAGAGAUUAAAUAUGUCGAUUGUCGUUGCAUAAAUCAUAAUCAAAAAGUCAAGAUUGCAGACUGAAGUAUUUAGUAUUGACUGUUGAGUAUUUCACAGUUCACUGUUAUCGGUUAGAAGUUUCGAACCUUGGCUAAAUGUUUAAUGUAAAAUUGCUUGCUAUUUGCAAAUAAUUAUAACGUUUUCGUUUUAACUGUAGUUAAUCAAAUCUAGUUAAAAAAAACAAUAUUGCCUAAACAUUCAAUCAUUCUUAGUUUACAUAUUAUAUUACAAUAAAGAAAAGAUAUGAAUAAACAGCCAAAGGACGAUGAUCAAACGUUUGUCAUAAAAAUAUUAGAUGAUUUACGGUCAUCAAGUAACCGAUCUAAACCGCUAAGGAUGCAUUAUGAUACAAGUAUAGGACUUUCAACAAAUGAUUCAUUAAUAUCUAACAAACGACGAAGAUCCUGCAGUCCCGACUUACAAGAGUCGAUGCUUACACCAAUUGCUUCACCUUGGGAAUCCCGGCGUAUUAAACAAGAGUUAAUCAAUGCUCGAGCAGAAAUUGUCUCUUUACAAGAGAGAAACAAAACAUUAUUUAAUCUUAAAAAGGAGUCGGAUCUUUUAUUUGAAAGAGAGAAAGUUGCAUUAGAACAUAACAUAAAUAAAUCCAAAUUAAUGAUUGAUCAAUUAGAUAAUCGACUAAAAGAACUUCGCUAUGACAAAUCAAAUUUAAAAGAAGAAAAUGAGAGUUUGACAAAAAAACUUAAUUUAGUGUUGGAAGAAAAUCAUCAAAAAAUAUCUUAUCUUGAAAAAGAAAACAAAGACCUUGAAGCUAAAUUAAGCAGCGUGAAUAUAGAGUUGAUGAAAAAUAAGAAUGAAAACACAUCUAGAAAUUGUUCAGAUUUUGAGUUAAGUGAGUUAAAAAAAACUCUAAGAUCCAAUGAAAAAUAUAUUGAAGAGCUCACAGAUAAUUUAAGGAAAAAACAAAUUGAAAUUAAUAAUUUGGAAAACGAUCAAGUUAAAAUAAAUACUGCUAAUCAACGAAUCAAAAGUUUAGAAAAUGAAUUGGCUGCCCAACAAGAAAGUGCUAUGGUAGUAAACGCUCAAAGAGAAAAAUUAAAACGUUUUAGUUCUAUGGAAAGUGAACUGAUUUUGCUUAGAGAAGAAGUAGCUGCAUACAGAAACGAUGUUAAACAAACAGAAAUUCUUGAAAAUAAAGUUGCUUCACUUGAAUAUAAGUUGACUAAGUAUGAAAUAUUAGAAAAAGAAGCUAUUCAAUUGCGUUCAAACUUAGCAAUUAGUGAAGAUCGUUUGAAAAAAUGGUUAGAUGUUUGUAAAGAUGCUUGUGAAAAUGUGUCUGAAAGUCAGUGUUAUCCUGAAUAUUUACGAUAUUAUAUAGACAAUCUAAAAAAAAAAGACAUGUUCCUUGUAAAUGAAAAGGGAGAACUACAAAGCAGUGUUGCUCGGUUGGAACUAAAAGUAAAGCAAAUUGAAAAUGAAUUAAACAAAGCAAAAGAACAACUAGCUGUUGGGGCAAAUAACAAUGGCAAACUCGAAACAACAAUAAAACGACUAAAAAAACAACUAUACAUGGUCACAUGGGAGCGUAAUGAUCUCAGAGAGUUAAUUGAUUCCUUCCAAAAAGAAGUAACUGUUAUUGGAAAUUUAAAUGGCGAGGAUACAAAAAUGGAAGUUUUAGAAAAAGCCAUAACUGGAUACAAAAACCGUAUGACAGAAAUUGAAACCGAUCCAUCAUUAUAUUGCCCCACUGAUAAUGACAAACGAUGGAUUGAAGAAAAGUCUGCACUUCUUAAAGAAAAAGAAGAAUUAAUUAACAAAUGUAAAGAAUUAGAAGUAAAAUGUGUUGAUUUGAGAGAUCAAAUAGAUCACAGAGCUCUUAAAGGAGAUUUCAAUCUCCGUGAAACCAAAAUUUUACAUUACAAGAUGAAUCCAGCAUCUGAAGGAUUCAAUAAUUAUCAGAAUGAUCUAAUACACGCAAAACAAGAAAUCGAAAAGUUAAAGCAGCGUAUUAAAGCUAUGCAAGAAGGCAUUUCAAUGAAUCUCACACAGGUAGUUGAUGCAAGAGUCGAAACAAAUGCCACUCAGGAAGUCGAAGGACUCAAAGAGAAAUUAAAAUCUCAAGAAAUUCAAAACCAGAGGUUACGAGAGGUGUUUAAAAAAAGUAGUCAAGAGUUUAGAGAGUCUGUAUAUACGUUAUUAGGAUAUAAAGUUGAUGGAUUACAAAACAAUAUGUAUAGACUUACCAGUCAAUUUGCUUAUCACGAGGAAGACAACUUAAUGUUCCAAUUAAAUGAAGGGUCAAUGAAUUUGUUAGAAACUCCAUUUUCAAAGACAAUUGAAGACAUGAUUAAUUUACAUCUGGGUCAACAGCGUUCAAUACCUGUUUUGUUAUCCAGUCUGACGAUAGAUUUAUUCAAUAAACAAAGCAUGAUCAUAACUGCAGAUUCAACCAGGCUAGAAUCUGUUAUCAAUUAAAAACACAAUAUUUUGACUACCAUUUUUUUGAUACCAUUUUGUUUGGAACUCGUCUACUAAAUUGUAUUAAUUUUUUUUGUAUGAUUAAUUUGGUUAAUUCCUGUAAAAAUCAUUAUAUUAGAAUGAUUUAGUCAAGAUUAUCAAAUAUUUUAUUUAGGUUCUAGAAUAAUUUUGCUUAACUGGUAAUUUUUAAAUUUAAUUAUUUAAUUAUUAAUUUUUUAAUUUUUUCUAGGUACCGAGUAUAAGUACUAGCAUUAUACAUAUAAUAUAUACUUUUUCAUUAUACUAUGUAAGUUAUAUAAGAAAUGCAUGUACUAUUCUGUAAAAUAUUGUGUACAAAUAUACAUUAUUUAAAACAUUAUAUAUGUAA